UAGAUAUCAGAUGUCUUCCUACUGGAAAUCACUCAUCAUUUCUACCAACAUUAGAUCAAUAUGAUGAAUAUGAAGAAGAAAAUAAUAAUGAAAAUGAAUAUAAUGAAAUUGAUGAAAAUAAUGAAAGUAAUGAAAAUAAUGAAUCAU